AUGGCUCAGGCAUACAGGCUGGGUUUGCUGCUAGCGCUGCUGCUGCCUAUGGUCGGCGCCUUGAUGCCGGGCACCGUGGUCAGACUCAACGAGGCCGUGCUGAGCUACGUGUCGGAAAUCGGGACAGCCCCUCUCCAGCAGGCCCUGCGGGUCACAGUCCCGUAUUUCUUGGAUUGGAAUGAAGAGGUGCAUCAGCCCACCAGGAUCCAGAUUUUGAAUGUCCACGUGCCCCACUUCCACCUGAAGUUCAUUGCCGAUUUUGGGGUGCGCAUGUUGGUAGCAGCCAAUUUUACUUUCAAAGUCUUUCGAGUCCCGGAGCCCCUGAAGCUGGUGCUGCCCGUGGUACUGCUGGCCGACGCCCAGGUGGCCCAGGGCUCCAUCCGGACCCCCGUGGUCAGCAUCUCUGCCUGCUCCGCACUCUUCAACAGUGCCGCGGUGCUGGAUGGCAGUACCAGCGUGGCCCCUGGGCUGCUGGUCCUGGUGCAGAAUCAUAUUAAAGCUGUCCUGCGGAACAAGCUAUGCCUGAGCAUCUCCAACCUGGUGCAGGGCCUCAACGUGCACCUGGGCACUUUAAUUGGCCUCAACCCUGUGGGUCCAGAGUCCCAGAUCCGCUACUCCAUGACCAAUGCGCCCAACAUCACUAAGGACUACAUUUCCUUGGAUAUCAGCGCCAUUCUCUUCCUACUGGGCAAGCCCAUCGUCCUGCCUGUGGAUGCCACUCACUUUGUGCUGCCGCCUAACGUGGGUGCUGAUGGUGCCAUGGCAACCGUGGGCCUCUCCCAGGACCUGUUUGACUCCGUCCUCCUGCUGCUGCAGAAAGCUGGUGCCCUCAACCUGGACAUCACAGGGCAGCUGAAGUCUGAGGACAACCUGCUGAACACCUCUGUGCUGGGCCAACUCAUCCCCGAGGUGGCCCGCCGGUUCCCCGAGCCCAUGCCUGUGACUCUCAAGGUGCGGCUGGGUGCCACGCCCGUGGCCACACUUCGUACCAACAAUGCCACGCUUCAGCUGCAGCCCUUUGUGGAAGUCCAGGCUGUGACCUCCAACUCAGCUUUCCAGUCCCUCUUCUCCUUUGAUGUGGUUGUGAACCUGGACCUCCAGCUCUCUGUGUCCAAAGUGAAGCUUCAGGGCACCACAUCUGUGCUGGGGGAUAUCCAGCUCACCGUGCGCUCCUCCAAUGUGGGCUUCGUUGAUCCAAAUCAGAUGCGCCCACUCAUGGACACCGUGUUCAAGAGGCCCCUGCUGGAUCACCUCAAUGCUCUCUUGGGCAUGGGGAUCACCCUCCCCAGCAUGGUCAACCUGUACUACAUCAACCCUGAGGUCUUUGUCUAUGAGGGCUAUGUCGUGAUAUCCAGUGGACUCUUAUACCAGCGCUGAGGUGGGACCACCAGGAGACCUAGGAGUGGGCCAGCUCCCUGCUUCAGGGACUCUCUUGCCUCAAGCCACUUGGGAAACUGAGGCAAAGUCACACUUACCAUCAGCAGCAAGCUGGAAGAUCCAGCCAGGCUGUUUAAUCUUCUCUGCGUGACUGAGCUCCCCUCCCUCCUUUCCCCUCCUCUCCCUCUGUCCCUCCCGUCUCCUUCCCCCUCCAUGUGAGCAGCAUACCCCUCUUCCAGGCUGUACCAACGUGUCCCCUCUCCCAUUAAACAUUUUC